GUAACCUGGGGUGAAAGCUGGCAUGGUCAGACAGUAAGGAAUAUCCUCUAGGAACAGAACAAAGGGAAAGAUCUGCUAUGUUGUGGACAGCAAGACUCUGCCUGCUGUUCUUCGUGUCGUCUUUAGGAGUACCAGUGGACCGGUACAGCACCAAAGGUCAUCAGAAACUACUUCUCAUCUCCUUUGAUGGCUUCCGUUGGGACUACGACCGCGACGUGGACACGCCGAAUCUGGACACAAUGGCGAAGGACGGGGUCAAGGCCAGAUAUGUGACCCCACCUUUCCUCACCAUCACCAGCCCUACGCAUUUCACCCUUCUGACAGGGCGCUACAUUGAGAACCACGGUGUGAUCCACAACAUGUGGUUUAACAUCAGCACCGGUGAGAAACAGCCGUACUACGCCACCCAGUUUAAGAAUGAGUGGUGGGACAAUGGCAGUCUACCCAUUUGGAUCACAGCCCAGAGACAGGGCCUGAGGACCGGCUCCCUUCACUUUCCAGGCACGCAACCAAGCUACCAGGGAGAGAGCCAAACCGUGAAGGAUGUGGAACCCCGGUUUUACAACUACAAAAAUGAAACCAAAUGGCGUGAGAACGUAGACAAGGUGAUGGACACCUGGUUCGGUGAGAUGGACCUGGACUUUGUGUCGCUGUACUUCGGGGAGCCUGAUAGCACGGGCCACAAAUACGGGCCUGACUCCCCUGAGCGACGGGAGAUGGUCAAACAGGUGGACAGAACGGUGGGCUACAUUCGCAGCUCGGCUGAACGAAACGGACUCACUGACAGUCUCAACAUCAUCAUCACCGCUGACCACGGAAUGAGCAAUGUGUACCGCAAUGGCCUGGUGAAGGAGAUCAUCCUGUCCAAGAUCCCCGGAUUCUCCUUUAGUGAUAUAGCCUUUCACCUGGUGGAUUUUGGGCCCUCUGGGAUGUUGCUUCCCAGGAAGGGCAUGCUGGAUACGGUCUAUAAAGCCCUAAAGGGGGCACAUCCUCACCUUCAUGUCUUCAAGAAGGAGGAGAUGCCCAAGCGCCUUCACUUUGCUAACAACAACCGCAUCCUACCCAUAAUUCUCUUCUCGGACCCUGGAUAUGUCAUCAAUGGGUUUUUCCCAGUGCAGACCCACAAGGGUGAGCAUGGCUUCGACAACGUGGAAAUGGACAUGAAGCCCUUCUUCAGGGCUGUGGGGCCGGCAUUCCAGAAGAACCUGGAGGUGGGCCCCUUUGAGACAGUGAACAUAUACCCCUUGAUGUGUCACAUACUGGGCAUCAAGCCUGAGCCCAACGACGGCCACCUGGAUGUCACAAAACACAUGCUGGUCUCUGCCACAGAGGGCCACCCUAAGGACUUCAAAUCGAAUAUCUUUGUUGGAUUGGCAGCAGUAGCUGGAUUUCUUGUUGUGGUCUUCAUAGUGCUUGUGUCGUUUCAUGUGUUCAAGAAGAAGACAAAUUAUACAGGUUCUGAGAAGUCCGUACCUCCAGAGAGCAAAGAGGAGACACACCAAACUCCUCUUUAAUAGCCAAUGACUGUGGAAUUAAUAGCCAAUGACAUCUUGCAUUGAUAAACAAAGGGGCAUCACUGCUCAUGGCAUGACUGCGGUCGUACUCUGUCCAAGAAUGUUUACUACAGACUAAUGCAUCAUCAUGUUGACACUAAAACAUGAUCAUAGAUAUCUGCCAUGUUUUUACCCCAUUGAAUGAAAGAACCUAGGACAAUGCUUUAAUCAUUUGCUCAAUUUGAAUUGCUCGAAGGCCUGCAACAGGUGGCCCGACUGCAAGUUAAUUCAUUUUGUAAUUUAGUUUAGUUUUUUGUCAUAAAAGUGGUUUGUUUUACCAUGUAAUGUGAUUGGUAUCAAUCAAUAAAAGUGUCCAUUUCAAGUGAAAAGAGGUCCCUAAAAAUGACCUACUAUGUCAUGUAC